CAAUCCCAUCCGGUCUUUCAUAGCACUCAGCACCAGACAGGACGCACAUCAGAGCUCGGCGGGGAUAGGCUGAGAGGCAGAGUCCGGGACUCGGCGGUUGGCUGUGAGCGUCUGUGCAGUUGGGCUAGCCCAUACGCGGAAGGGGAAGAGGAUGAUCUACUUCCAGGGCGCUGCUCCGUCACUCAGGACGCAUCCCAGGAGCAGUAGCAGGCAGUGCCGGUUCGCACGGUGCCCCGGGAAGUUGAAGUUCAAGUGAAUGGGAAAAAGAAUGUAUAUAAGCAAAGGAAUUCCCAGAAGCUCCAUGUAGAGGAUGGCUGGUUGUGGUGAAGUUGGCCACACUUCAAACAUGUUGCCAACAAACAAGAAGUUAGGAGAGGCCUGUUCCAACGGCUCAAACCUUGCAGUCCCUGAAUGUGCUAUUUGCUUACAAACCUGCGUGCACCCAGUCAGUCUUCCUUGCAAACACAUCUUCUGUUACCUGUGUGUGAAAGGAGCCUCAUGGCUUGGACGGCGAUGUGCCCUGUGUAGGCAAGAGAUUCCUGAAGAUUUCCUUGACAAACCCACUUUGCUUUCCCCUGAAGAACUGAAGUCUGCUAGCCGUGGGAAUGGGGAAUAUGCCUGGUACUAUGAAGGAAGAAAUGGUUGGUGGCAGUAUGAUGAGAGGACAAGCAGAGAGCUUGAAGAUGCCUUCACAAAAGGUAAAAAGAAUACAGAGAUGCUGAUUGCUGGCUUUCUUUAUGUAGCGGACUUGGAGAACAUGGUACAGUAUCGAAGAAAUGAGCAUGGACGACGUAGGAAGAUGAAAAGGGAUAUUGUAGAUAUACCAAAAAAGGGUGUUGCUGGUUUACGACUAGACUGUGAUGCAGCUAAUGUAAAUCCAGCACGUGAAAGCUCAGCAGAUGGUGCAGACAACAUUGCAACACUUGGAGCUUCAUCAGGUCAACCAACUGCUGUUUUACCUGUUAGACCUCACACAGCUCUUGGUAGCCAAACUGCAAAUCCCUCCCUUCCACAUUUGGAUGCGAGUACACCACUUGACAAUGCGUUUUCCCAACUUCAGCUUGGAGAUCAUGCAACAGGGAGAAAUAACAUAGAAGGUGAAGAAGGACUGCCACAACCUGGAGGCAGAGUGCCAGCUAUUGAUUCCACAGUAGAUGACCCUGAAGCAGAUGACGACGGUAACCAAGGAAUUGUUUCACUUCAACAGAACGCAUUUCUUGUUCAACAGAGACACACAGUGAUAGGUGCUACACAGCCGCCAACACCAGAUCAUGCAGCUGCAGCAGCAAAUGGUGCACAAAGUGCCAUUGUAAGGUCUAGAAGACCUGAUGGACAGUGCACAAUUACAGAAGUCUAAGUGACUGAGGUUCCUGUGCUUCUAACAAGACAUGUAAGAAGUCACUGCUUUAGGAUUGAGCUCAGACUUAGAUAACUGGGUGUUUGAAAUGGUGAAAAUAUGACCCCUAACAUGAAGUAUACUGUAUGUUGAGUUAUUUCAGUUUUAAGCUGGAAGGUGUAUUUAUAAAUAGUUAACUGAAGAGACUUUAUAAUCGGAGUGCUGAGUUGGCCUGUGACAUUCUAUAUUUUCUUUUAGUGGUGCUAAACUAGAAGGUAUGAUUCAUUUAAGUCCAUGAGUUUAAAUAUUCCUUCUUGUUUAUUGCUUUAUUAGUAAAUACAACACAAUAAAAUAGCAGCCAUUUUUGAAAGUGGAAUAAGGAAAAACAGUUGUGAUUAUGGAAUUGCCAGUUAACUAUUACCUCCAGUUCUUUAGUCCACUUUCACUUGUCAUAAUUGUUAUCCCAAACUAAAGCUGGCCACACAGCAAAGGAUUCUUUUUGUAACCAACCAAGUACUUGGCUGUUCAGAAACAAACUCCAGUAAUGUAUGGGAGCAAAUGACAAUCAGCUGUUUUCUCGCACACACUAGGAGCAAACAGGAUGAAAACGGUCUUUCAGACAAGUUGGUUAAAACUAUUUAAUCAAUUUGUAAUUUUUCUGGAAUUUGGGAGCGAAUUUUUGAUUGUCGUUUGUUCAUAGACAUUACCGGAUUUUUGUUUCAAGUUGCCAAUUAGUUGGCUAGUUUGGAAAGAAUCUUUCCACUUAACUCAGAUUUCCCUACUCAUUUGCUUACUGGUUUUAUGAAUGCACAUUCAUUUAAAUCCCUAUUCUCUCUCAUCACACUCCUUCUUCCCUAGUAUGGGAUGUCACCAAUGUACAGUCUUCAUGUUGUUCCGCGGGCCCAUUCAGCAACCUAGAGGUGUUUUUUCUCUUACCACUCUGUCUUUAUAUGUCAUGUGUGUUUGCAUUUUGCUUUGUGAUAGCUCCUGGUUCUUUCUGAAUGAGUAAAAAAUCCCUCAUACAAUGCUAAAUUAAUAAUGGUUGGGCGUUCCAUUCAAUUUACUACUUCAAUGUUAAAUUCUUUAACUAAAAAAAGAAUCCUACAACUAAUUUUGCAGCUAUUCAUCUUGUCACUGUGUAAGCUUGGCAUGACCCCUGACCCGUGCUCACUGUAUGAUUAUUAAUUUAAUUCUUCAAUGGAAAGCGAACUACAGUUGGGCUUCAGUGGAAUUUCAAUUAGCUCUGCAUGAGUUUGACUGCAAGAAUGUGAGAAAGAAAUCUAAAAUUCCAGGAGCUGAGUAAAUGUGUAAUUUAAUGACAUGUAGUUGUAAGUUUGGAGUAACGUGGGCUAAUAAGCAAAUGGCUUCCAUACUAGAUCAACCUUCCAGCUGCAUAUGUAUAGAGCUAAUACUGUUUUGUUGACCAUUUUUAAACCUUUUACUCUUCUUAAACUUUGCUGUCUAGUCUGUAUUUAGAAAAUAUCCCCUUCAAGUCGUCUUGUUUUUGUUACAAGAUUUGUAAUUUAAUAAAGAUUACAUUUUACCAGCAACAA